AUGGCUUCCUCUAAUAUGACCUCUCUUUUGAAUGAAACAAUGCGAGCCGUGGUUUGGCAAGGACAACCAUUUAACAUCUCUGUUCUAGAUGUGCCUAUGCCGACCAUCAUCAACCAGACAGAUGUAAUCGUUAAGAUGUCAAGGGCAGCUAUCUGUGGGUCCGAUUUGCACAUAUAUCGCGGCACGAUGGAAGGACAAGUUCUCCCAGUUGGCAUCGGUCACGAAGGUGUCGGAUAUGUAUCUGAGGUAGGAUCAAUGGUUGGAUCUCUGAAUGUUGGAGACCCCGUGAUCGUACCUUUCACCAGUCCUGAUGGCCACUUCGACAUGGACCUUAUCCCUAUCCCAUACGCAGCCUUUGGCAAUGGGGGAUCUUUAGGUGGAACUCAAGCGGAAUAUUUGCGCGUCCCGUUCGCAGACGACGGACUCAUUCCUAUACCUUCUGUCAAUUAUACCGACCCAGCCACCAACGAAACCACUUCCCUGCUCAGCGAUUAUGUCAUGUUGUCAGAUAUCUUUGCAACGGGCUGGACCGCUCUUGACUUUGCCGGGAUGGAACCAGGCGACACAGUGGCAAUCUUCGGCGCUGGGCCCGUCGGGCUGAUGGCUGCAUAUUCAGCAACUCUGCGUGGCGCAUCCCGCGUCUACAGUGUUGAUUACGUCCCGGAACGUUUACGACUCGCCGAAUCGAUAGGUGCGGUACCUAUUAAUUUCGAAGACGCAGACCCAGUCGACCAAAUCCUGGCACUAGAGCCUAGUGGCGUUGCUCGAAGCCUCGACUGCGUCGGAUUCGAACAAGUUAAUCGAAACCUUACCGUGCAGUCAGACGUUAUAAUUCGAAACAUGCUGGCUGUCACCUCAACCAAUGGUGGCAUGGGAACGGUUGGCGUUUACACCCACGAGCACGACAACACUGCAAGUCAGCCUCGUGCUUCAACUAUCCAGACCCAUUUUAAUCUUUCCCUCGCGGAUUUCUGGGGAAGAGGAUUCCACUGGGGAGCUGGUAUUUCUAGACCCUUGGAUCUUGCACCUCAUCUUCUGCAGCUGGUGGCAUCUGGGAAAGCUAGGCCUGGGUUCAUCGUCAGCGAUGUCAUCAAUAUCGAAGAUGCCCCAGAUGCGUACGCUAGAUUCAAUAGCCGUAACGCUACAAAGGUUGUGAUCAAUUUCGAUCAGUAA